GUUAUCUUUUUAAACCGUUUGAAUAAUUUGAAACGCACUGACCGUUAUUUUAAAGCGGAGUGAGCUGGGUGUCGUUAUAUUUCCGUUACAGAGCUCGAGCGCGCUCUCUCAUUGUGGUGUUUACGUUACGUGUUGACGUGUUGUUGCUAUCAGAGACCGAUUCCUGUUAGCUACCGGUAACGGCUAACCGAGGAUAACGGAGCUGAAUGAAGGUGAUGUUGUGUCCGUGAUGGUGCUGCUAUAGUGGAUGUUCUGGUGUGUAUUUAGGGGUUCGUGACAGUUGAUUUUUCAUUCAAUUUCCCGUAAAUAUUCAGUUGUCGGUAUGUUGGCUCGGGACGUAGAGCCGAACCGAGUCCAUCCGCUAUGAUUCACCGCGACUAACGGUUCUCUGUUUAAAUACACGGGGACGAAUACUGGAACCCUUCCCCUCUGGUACCGGGACCUUCUGCAUCCCAGUCAUGGAUGAUACCGGGAUUAUCCGGCGCAGACGACUGCAGAAGGAUCUUCCUCUGCCCCGUAAAAACAGCAGCUGCCGUGCCAGUAACAGGAAGAGUCUGAUUCUGACCUCCACCUCGCCUACUUUACCCCGACCUCACUCGCCUUUACCUGGACACAUCGGAAAUAGCCCUCUGGACAGCCCUCGCAACUUCUCUCCCAGCACUCCAGCUCACUUCUCUUUUGCUGCUUCUACUAGACGGGAUGGGCGACGCUGGUCUCUGGCUUCCCUUCCUUCAUCUGGUUAUGGCACCAACACACCCAGUUCAACGUCAUCCAGUUCGUCUCAGGAGCGUCUCCAUCAGCUGUCUUAUCAGCCCUCCAUGGACGAGCUGCUCUUCAUCCCCAAACACUUCGGCAGCACAGAGAGCAUCACUGACGACGAUGGGGGGAGGAGCUCGCCACACACACGACCCCGCUCACGCAGUCUCAGUCCGGGCCGAUCUGCAUCCUGCCAUGAUAACGAGAUAGUGAUGAUGAACCAUGUGUACAAAGAGCGCUUCCCAAAGGCGACGGCUCAGAUGGAGGGACGGUUAAAAGAUUUCAUCAAGUCCUUCUCUCCCGAGAGCGUGCUGCCCCUGGCUGACGGGGUCCUGAGCUUUAUUCACCAUCAGAUCAUUGAGCUGGCCCGUGACUGCCUGCACAAAUCCCAGGAGGCUCUCAUUACCACCGUCUACUUCUGUGAGCUCCAGGAGAACCUGGAAAAACUCCUGGAUGAUGCCUAUGAGCGCUCGGAGAGUUCUGAGCUGACCUUCAUCACAGACCUGGUGAAGAAGCUGCUAUUCAUCAUCUCUCGCCCUGCACGACUCCUGGAAUGUUUGGAGUUCAACCCAGCAGAGUUUUACCUCCUGAUGGAGGCGGCGGAGGACCACGCCAAAGAGGGACACUUGAUGAAAACAGAUAUUCCACGCUACAUUAUCAGCCAGCUGGGCCUGACCAGAGACCCUCUGGAGGACGUGGUUAAUCUGGAAAGCUAUGACAGUGAGGGACCGCUCACUCCAGAGACUGAUGAUUCUACAGAGGGAAAGAUAAAGAUGGUGAAGCCGCCCGGUGAAGCUGAUUUUCAGACCAUCAAACUCAUCAGCAACGGUGCAUACGGUGCUGUGUACCUGGUGCGACAUCGUGAGACUCGUCAGCGUUUUGCCAUGAAGAAGAUAAACAAGCAGAACCUUAUUUUGAGGAACCAGAUCCAACAGGCCUUCGUGGAGAGAGACAUCCUCACAUUCGCAGAAAACCCUUUCGUCGUCAGCAUGUUCUGUUCCUUCGAGACACGCAGACACCUCUGCAUGGUCAUGGAGUAUGUGGAGGGUGGAGACUGUGCUACGCUGCUGAAGCACAUUGGCGCACUGCCUGUUGAGAUGGCACGCAUGUACUUCGCCGAGACGGUCCUAGCUCUGGAGUACAUCCACAACUACGGCGUGGUGCAUCGCGACCUCAAGCCUGAUAAUUUGUUGAUCACGUCUAUGGGCCACAUCAAGCUGACUGACUUUGGACUGUCUAAAAUGGGGCUGAUGAGUCUCACCACCAACCUGUAUGAGGGUCACAUCGAGAAGGAUACCAGAGAAUUCCUAGAUAAACAGGUGUGUGGCACGCCCGAAUACAUCGCUCCAGAGGUGAUUCUGCGUCAAGGUUAUGGCAAGCCUGUGGACUGGUGGGCCAUGGGCAUCAUCCUGUAUGAGUUUUUAGUGGGCUGUGUGCCAUUCUUUGGAGACACGCCUGAGGAACUGUUUGGCCAGGUCAUCACCGAUGACAUUGUGUGGCCUGAAGGCGACGAAGCACUUCCUGCUGAUGCCCAGCAUCUCAUCUCUGCUCUGCUGCAGACCAACCCACUGCACAGACUGGGCACAGGAGGUGCAGUCGAGGUCAAGCAGCACCCGUUCUUUGCUGAUUUGGACUGGAACAGUUUACUGAGGCAGAAAGCCGAGUUCAUCCCUCACCUGGAGUCUGAGGAGGAUACCAGCUACUUUGACACACGUUCGGACCGGUACCAUCACAUUCACUCGUUUGAUGAAGACGACACUAAUGAUGACGAGCCUGUUGAGAUCCGACGCUUCUCUUCCUGCUCACCUCGUUUCAGCAAGGUGUACAGCAGCAUGGAACAUCUGUCCCAGCUGGAGCACAAGCCCGUGGUGACCCGCAGAGAGCCUAAAGCUCACCGGCAGGACCGAACCAAGAGAGAGAGUCUGGGCGGCUUUACUUUGAGAGACAAAACAUGGAGGACUGGCUCACCUGAGAUGAAGCGUCUGUCCUGCUCUGAGUUCUUAUUCACUGAGUCCGACUCCAGUCCACCGGGAGUUCGCCGUCGUUUCUCUGCUCUGAUGGAUUCUCACCGCGUCGCUUCUCCUCUAGAGAGUGAUACAGAGUCACGCACUCGUCAAACUGCAGUCAAAACCAGAGGCAAGUCACUGGAGAGUACCACCAUGCCCGCCAGCUCAGAUCCCUGCACUGUGGUGCCAGCAGCACAAGGAACAGAUAAACUGCUGAAACCUGCUGAUGCUGGAGUCACACCAGCACCAUUUGGGCCAAGAGCACCGAGCGAUGUUGUUUUACGGCGAGCACGACAUCAACAACUCUCUACAGAUGGAGAGAAACAGACCCCAACUCAAUCUGGCACCAAAGUCAUUAAAUCCGCCUCAGCGUCGGCUUUAUCUGUUAUUAUACCUGCAGUUGAGCAGCACGGUACUUCCCCGUUAGCCAGCCCGAUGUCGCCUCGCUCCAUUUCAUCCAACCCGUCCUCUCGUGACUCGUCCCCAAGUCGAGACUAUUCUCCCACAGUAAACACCCUGCGUUCUCCCAUCACCAUCCAGCGCUCGGGGAAGAGGUACGGUUUCACCCUGCGCGCCAUCCGGGUCUACAUGGGUGACACCAACGUCUACAGCGUCCACCACAUGGUCUGGCACGUGGAGGAUGGAGGCCCUGCGCAGGAAGCCGGUCUGUGUGCUGGUGACCUGAUCACUCACGUGAAUGGAGAAUCUGUACAUGGACUGGUUCAUACAGAGGUGGUGGAGCUCAUUCUGAAGAGUGGAAAUAAAGUGACAGUGACCACCACUCCGUUCGAGAACACGUCCAUUAAGGUUGGACCAGCCCGGAAGGCCAGCUACAAGGCCAAGAUGGCACGACGCAACAAGAGAUCCACUGCCAAAGAAGGACAAGAGAGUAAGAAGCGGAGCUCCCUGUUCCGUAAGAUCACAAAGCAGUCCAACCUGCUCCACACCAGCCGCAGUCUUUCCUCUCUCAAUCGCUCUCUGUCAUCCAGCGACAGUCUGCCGGGCUCACCGACCCACGGGCUGUACGGUCGCUCGCCACCUGACUCCGCCCACCUCGGAAUGUCCUCCCAGAGCAGUUCCCCGGCGUCCUCCACCCCCAAUUCUCCAGCCGCCUCUCAUCACAUGCGGCCGAGCACCCUGCACGGCCUCUCCCCCAAACUGCAGCGCCAGUUCCGCUCCUCUCGCUGUAAAUCGGCGGGAAGCGUCCCUCUCUCCCCGCUGGCGCACACUCCCUCGCCAAGCACGCCCAACGCCACGCCCACUUUCCCCGCCAAGCUGCACUCCUCUCCACCGAUCACACGUCCUCGCUCGCCUCUCCUUCAGCGGGUGCAGUCAACCGAGAAAGCAGCUCCGCCCUCUCCGCCAUCGUACCCCUCGUUUCCCUCAUCGGAGAAGAAGGGAGGCCUGAGGAAGCACGGCGGGGAGGAAUACCGCACCCUGCAGAGCCUGCUGGAGAUAGAGGGCGAAAACGCGUCUUCUGACACGACACCGAACAAGCCAGAGUCACCGUUCAGUCAGGAGUCAGCGCAGGCCAUGAAGGAUAAACCCGCUAACGGAGUUGGUGUGAAGAGUUUCAGUAAAAUAGAGCCAGUCAGGUUGUUAGUUAGCAUCAGUGCUAACAAAACUCAAACCUGCGAGUCAGCAAAACAGGCUAGGCAGACAUCAGUCUCAGCAGUGAAAGAUCAGCCUGCAUUUGGAGGCACGACACCAUUAUUAAGUGUAAAACCAGUCAGCGUUAGCUGUGCGCCAACAAAACCUGUACGAGUACCCACAGCGCAGGAGAUCAAACAGACAGGAAGUGAGAAAGGCAAAGCAGCAUGGGAGAAAAACUCAGAUGCCAGGUCAGGACUUGUGGACGUCCGGAAAUCUGGAAAAGCCCCAGUUAUUGUGGAAGAGUACAAGACUAAAGUUCCAGUCCCAGCACUGAUCGAUGCAGGUCCUACCCAAAGCAAAUCCAAGGAGGAAAAAGUUCCAGUCCAGUCAGGAUUGUUCCGAACUCCCAGAGACGAGCGCUCUCAUUUGGAAGUCUUGGAGGAAAGUCCGAGUUCCCCCUCCCCUUCGACCCUGUCGCCCAGUUCCACCAAAUCACGUGCCGUCUCCCCGGGUGACCGCACCAGUUUCGUCACUCAGCUGACCAGCGUGGCCAAAACCAUGCUCGGCCCGAUGAAGCUGGGAUCGCAGGACAGCGGGAAAGGGAAGGACUCCAGCUCCAAAGCCAACGAGGACAAGCGUUCAGGGACGCUCGGAAAGGCGGAGUCUUCAUCCGGGGUCCGACGCGUAGCUACCGGGACGUGGCCCGGACCCGGAUCCUCGAAAUCAAAAAGCAAGCAUUCCUGAACUUUCUGUUUGUCCAUGUAGGGUCGGGAAUGUGUUUGGAGGAUUUGAGAAUAGCAGUACGUAAGCGAUGAGCUAAAACUUCCACAGCCACCAAAUCAACAAUUCAA